GAGGGCGAGCACACGUCUUUUGCCACCGCAAACGCUCACGAUGUCGAUGUAGAAAAAUCUUAACAGAAACUAUAUCCACUGUGAUAACUUACAAAUACUAACAACUUAGAUUACUACGAACUGACAUCGUUAAAAUUAAUUUUAGCAUUUGUAAAGUGACUUUUGUGAGUUAGGGGUUAAAUAAUGUGGUGUAAAACCGACGUGGGAUGACUAUGAACAUAAUAAUAUAAUGACAGUAUUCACAAAAUGAUCACGAGAGAAACGGAGCGGCACUGAACGUGUAGCCAGGGGGCGAGCGACAAGGUGUGCUAUCAUGAACGAUUCCCGAAUCCCGCGCAACUUCAAUGACACCAAUGAUGACGUCACAUAUUCUUCGACAUCGGACUGGUACAGCGGCAACUGUUCGUGGGAGGACGCGGUGUCGUGGGGCUGCAAUAGCACGAGCAGCGCCGGCACCAAUACCACCGACACUGACGUCACCUCGCUCGUCCUCAUGGCCGUCACGUCCGUGGUGCUCGCGCUCAUCAUCUUAGCAACCAUUGUCGGUAAUGUGUUCGUGAUAGCAGCAAUAAUAAUAGAAAGAAACCUUCAGAACGUCGCCAAUUACCUGGUCGCUUCACUGGCCGUCGCCGAUCUGAUGGUGGCCUGUCUCGUCAUGCCACUCGGCGCUGUAUACGAGGUCAGCCAGGGUUGGAUCCUAGGUCCAGAACUAUGUGAUAUGUGGACGUCCAGCGAUGUCCUUUGUAGUUCCGCUUCAAUACUCCAUCUUGUCGCUAUAGCUACGGACAGGUAUUGGGCAGUAACGAACGUGGAUUACAUCCACAUUAGAAACGAAAAGAGAAUCUUCACGAUGAUCUUUCUGGUAUGGGGCGCUGCUCUCGUCGUGUCCCUAGCUCCGCAGCUAGGCUGGAAGGACCCAGACUAUCUCGCCAGGAUAACACAGCAACAAAAAUGUCUUGUCAGCCAAGACCUCGCAUACCAAAUCUUCGCAACAUGCUCUACUUUCUAUGUACCCUUGGCUGUUAUCCUCAUAUUAUACUGGAAAAUAUUUCAAACUGCGAGAAGACGAAUCAGAAGGAGAAGGGACCCCCCACCACCCAGGCCCACGUCCGCUGAUGGUGCUACGCCCUCCGGCCGACCAGUACAGUCAGCGAGGGACAGGAGAUUUGUAAAGAAGCGCUUCUUGAAUCUUAAGAAAUGCAACCAACGUACUCGUGCUGAGACUAUAGCUGCGGCGCUGCUACUAACCGAAGGUCAAAGCACAUCAACAGUUGAUACCCUAGACGAAGAACCUCGGACAACAGCAUUCACAAUCAACGAGAAAGUUCCCUCAUCCGUGUCACCAGAAAAGUCUUCCUCAACAACAGUAACGAAUGGUUCGAAACCAGAGCGAGCUAUUGUUCCUGCUCUAUCUCAAAGGGAGAAAAAGGAAUCACUCGAGGCUAAAAGAGAACGGAAAGCUGCAAAGACGCUCGCUAUCAUCACGGGAGCAUUCGUCUUCUGCUGGCUACCGUUCUUCAUUAUGGCAUUGGUGAUGCCUAUAUGCCAAUCUUGUGUGAUCAGUGAUUACUUAGCUAGCUUUUUCUUGUGGCUCGGAUAUUUCAAUUCUACCCUCAACCCAGUCAUCUACACAAUAUUCAGCCCCGACUUCCGACAAGCAUUCGCGCGGAUACUCUUCGGCACUCACAGACGUGGUCGUAAUAAAAAAUUCUAA